CCUUCGCCACCCCAGAGACGGCCAGGAAGGGGAUAGAUAACUUUAAAAGGGAAUCUUCUGCCAGCUCCGGUCUCAGAUCCUUUAUCGCGGGCAAGUGACAGAAUGCGGCGGGCUUCAUUCCUUGGGCGUUACUCCUUCUGACUCUGCGCGUAUAAAAAGGGAGGGGUCAAGAUCACAGCCCAUAAGCGAGAGGGGGCAAACCCUCUGGAGGCAAGAGAAGAACUUGGACUACAACAUGGGCUCGUUGACUGCUGCUGCCCUCCAGUUCCUGCUGCUGCUGCUCACCAUGAAGCCCCAAGGAAGAGCCAAAGCUCAUCCCAUGUACGGCUCGGCCUCCGCUGCUGAACUGGCUGACUUCAAGACUCUGCUGGACCGCCUGGAGGACAAGCUCCCAUCAGAAGAAGCAGAAGCAGGUCUGUCCCAAGAAAUGAAUGAGCAGAAUGAGGAAGCCCCAGGAGAUGCCUCACGUCCCCUCGUUCCCUGGAACAGUGAAUACAUUAGACCCCAAAGAGAAGGCCUUGCCUAUGGGCGCAACAGCUGGGAGCUGCCCGAGAAACCUCCAUCCGCCCAGAGGAGCAAACUACGAGCUCUGAUGAACUCGCCACGCAGCAUGAGAAGGUUCUCGGAUUGCUUUGGCCAACGGAUAGAUAGAAUAGGAGCCCAGAGCGGACUUGGAUGCAACAACUACAGGUUUUGAAGCUCUACGUGGAGAUGGGGGCAAUCCUGAUCUUCUUCCUCAGAGUCCUGGACAUCAAAGCUCUUCCAAAGUCAACUGCAUCUUCUUAGCUCCUCGCUGGUAACUUAUGUUGCAGCAGGGACAGUAGGCAAAACUCAGCUGCCAUCUGUCUUCACCCAUUUGCAAACAAUUCCCCCCCCCCCCAGCACCAUGAGUCAAACAAUGUACAGGCUUUCUCCCUGAAGUGUAAGGGAGAAGGGAUAAUUUUAGUCCAUUGUCACUGAAAAGAAUUCCAGCCUAGAUUUC